AUGCCGGCCGAUAGGAAGUCUGGCGACGGCAGGAACUCGCUCGACUCCGUCUCGUCCAUCUCGACAACUAGUAUUGUAUUCGAUCAUCUCAACGACCUAGAGACCCACAAGAAGCAACGACGACCGCCACUAAUGGCAGAACCCAUCCGCCGCGACGAUCGCCUGUCAGACUUUGACGAGGACGACCCCCUCAAGGAGGAGAUAGAUAGGGAGGGAGACCUAGAAACCGGUCCGUUCCUCGCCAGCCGCGAUGUGUACACAGUGGGCGGGAAACAGAUGGACCGCAAGUUCCGGCGCAUCAUGAUCGUGGUGGCCGGCUUGCUGGUCGCGGCGUGGGUGGGUGGUCUGUUUGUAUACAUCGCAUCCAAGUCGUACAAGCACGCAUCCACGGUCGAACACGAUCCGGAAAAGACAAAAGCCGCGUCCCUAACGAGCGGGAAGAAGAUAACGAUGGAUCAAAUCAGGUCCGGGACAUGGUAUGCCAACUCGCACGACAUCAGCUGGAUUGAGGGUCCCAAAGGCGAGGACGGCUUGAUGAUUGAGAUUGACGCCGAGGGGAAGGAUUAUAUCGUUGUCGAGGACGUGCGUGCCGAGAACCCAGAUUCCUCGACUGAAGCGAAAGUCGACGUGACGGCAAGCCGGCGGACUCUGAUGAAGACGGGGAGCUUUCGAUACCAGGGCCACCUGCACAUGCCAUCCGGCGGGCAGCCGAGUCGUGACCAGCAAAAGGUUCUGCUACGCACAGAACAGAAGAACAAUUGGCGGCACUCGCACACAGCGUAUUACUGGAUCUGGGAUGUUGCGACUCAAACUGCCGAGCCUCUCAUACCGGGAAGCCCCGAUGUCAGGGUACAGAAUGCGCAAUGGAGUCCUACAAGUGACGCAAUAGUCUUUACAAGAGAAAACAACCUUUACCUACGCAACGUCGGCUCCAAAAAGGUUACACAAAUCACCAAGGAUGGCGGGGCCGACCUUUUCUACGGCGUUCCGGACUGGGUCUACGAGGAGGAGGUCAUCGCAGGUGCCAGCACAACGUGGUGGUCAGAAGAUGGAAAAUAUGUCGCAUUCCUUCGUACCAACGAGACCGGAGUGCCCGCAUUCCCAGUGCAGUACUUCAUGUCUAGGCCUAGUGGAGAGAAGCCCAAGGCCGGGGAGGAGACGUACCCAGAAGUGCGCGACAUCAAGUACCCACGCCCGGGCUCUCACAAUCCCGUGGUUGAUGUCCAGUUUUAUGAUAUCGCCCGCGGCGAUGUCUUUUCUGUCGACAUCACUGGUGGUUUUGCCGACGACGAUCGGCUUAUCACGACGGUUCUUUGGGCUGGGAGCCAAGUCAUUGUCAAGGAGACAAAUCGUGUCAGCGACAUCAUGCGCGUGGUGCUAAUUGACGUGGACAAGCGGACGGGAAAGACAGCACGCACUGUCGAUGUUGGGAAUAUCGAUGGCGGCUGGUUCGAGAUCUCACAGAAGACCAAAUAUAUUCCUGCUGACCCCAAGAGAGGCCGCGAUAAGGAUGGGUACAUCGACACGGUCAUUCACAACGACGGCGACCAUCUCGCAUACUUUUCGCCUCCCGACAACCCGGAACCUGUCAUGUUGACAUCGGGUCCGGGUUGGGAGGUAGUUGACGCGCCUUCAGCAGUCGACCUCGAAAACAAUCUCGUCUACUUCAUUGCGACCAAAGAAGGCAGCACACAACGCCACAUCUACAGCGUGCAGUUCGACGGUAAAAACAUGAAGCCAUUUACGGACACCGAGGCCAAGGGAUACUACGACGUCAGCUUUUCCUCGGGGGCUGGCUAUGCCCUGCUCAGUUACAAGGGCCCCAAGAUUCCCUGGCAAAAGGUCGUCAGCACACCAGCCAACAAGCAAAGAUAUGAGGCUGUCAUCGAGGAAAACGAGGAAUUGGCGGAAAAUGCGCGCAAGUACGACCUGCCGUUACUGAAUUACGGUACUUUGGAUGUUGAAGGUGUGCAAAUCAACUACGUGGAAAGAAGGCCACCGCAGUUCAGUGAGAAGAAAAAGUACCCAGUGCUGUUCCAGCAGUACAGCGGACCAGGAUCACAGUCAGUAAGCCAGAAAUUCACCGUAGAUUUUCAGAGCUACGUUGCCGCAUCGCUGGGAUACAUCGUUGUAACCGUCGACGGGCGUGGCACUGGCUUCAUCGGACGCAAGAACCGCGUUCUCGUCCGCGGCAGGCUUGGUGAGAUCGAAGCGCAGGAUCAGAUCGCCGCAGCCAAACACUGGGCCAGCCUCGGAUACGUCGACUCUUCGCGUAUUGCCAUCUGGGGCUGGUCUUAUGGUGGCUUCCAGACGCUCAAGACGCUCGAGGCGGAUGCUGGCAAGACGUUCAGCUACGGCAUGGCGGUGGCGCCCGUUACCGACUGGCGCUUCUACGACUCGAUCUACACGGAGCGAUACAUGCUCACGCCGCAGCAGAACGCGGAUGGCUACGCCAAGAGCGCUGUCCACAACGUCAGCGCGCUGGCCUCUAACAAGCGAUUCCUUCUGAUGCAUGGCGCCUCAGACGACAAUGUGCAUUUUCAGAACUCGUUGACUCUGCUGGACAAUCUGGACAUGGGCGGAGUGGAAAAUUAUGACGUCCAUGUCUUCCCGGACAGUGACCACAGCAUCUUUUUCCAUAAUGCCAACCACAUCAUCUACGACAGCCAAUUGGGUCGCGUCGGCGUCAUCGGAGGUAGUGAAGACUACACCGGCGCGCCGUAUUUCUCUGCCAUGGCCAGCGCACGUCUCGGAUGCGACAUGUCACAUGUCAUCUGCACGCCGGCCGCCGCCGCAGUCAUCAAGACGUACAGCCCGAACCUGAUGGUGCACCCGCUAAUGCGCCAGAGCUCCUCCGCCGGCUCGAGCACCGCCGGCGACGAACACGACCCAGACCCGGAAAAAGUCGCGUCGCCAAUUAUACAGAUGCUAUCUCGCCUGCACGUCCUCGUGAUAGGGCCGGGGCUUGGCCGCGAUCCGUUGAUGCAAGACACGUGCGCGCGAGUCGUGGCCGCGGCUAGGGAACGCAACAUGCCUCUGGUGCUGGACGCGGAUGCCCUGCAACUGGUGCAGAAAGACCCGGCGUUGGUCAGGGGCUACAGGCUCGCCGUGCUGACGCCCAACGUGGUCGAGUUUGGAAGGCUGGCGAGUGCGCUGGGCAUCCAAGACGCCAAGGAAGGGGACACGGCCACCGCGAGGGCCGACGCGCUCGCCAGGGCGCUGGGAGGAGUCACGAUUGUUCAAAAGGGCGGCAAAGACAUCAUCAGCAACGGUGGGGACAGGGACGCGCUCGUCGUCGACCUCGAGGGCGGCAAGAAGCGCAGCGGUGGGCAGGGAGACACGCUGACGGGCAGCAUCGCGACGAUGCUGGCGUGGCGCAAGGCGGCGCUCGACGGCCUGUGGGACGGUAGCAGCGAGGGAUGGCAGGAGGUUGGCGGCGAGGGCCAGGGCCAGGGCCAGGGCAGCGAGACAGUGCGGUUGGCUGUGUUUGGCGGGUGCGCCGUGACGAGGGAGUGCUCGAGGCUGGCGUUUGCGAAGAAAGGGAGGAGUCUGCAGGCCAGUGAUCUCACAGACGAGGUGCACCAGGCGUUUUUGAAUCUACUGGGAGAGGAAGGGAAUGAUGCGAAGCUUUGA